AUGCAAGCACGAGAUAUACCAAAAAGCGAAAAUAUAGGCCAAAAAAUCGAAAUUGUCACAGGGACAGAUGGAGUGGAUGAAUUGCCCCCAAAAUAUAGGUGUGUAGAGCGAUUAUAUGGUGCAAUAGAUAGGCCAAGUAUGGCCAGAAAUGAAGCACAGAGAGUGGAGGAGUAUAAUAGGGGUGGAAGUG